CCCCGCCCGCACCGCGCGCUCGUAUCACGCCGACCCCCGACUCAUUGACGUUAACGCCAUAUUGUUUGUACAUCGUUCGAGAGACUACCACCUUCCGUUAGAUAAAUCAAUAGGACGGUGGUUUCCACGGCGUUUCCUUUCCUUCCCUUUCGCUUGAAAUGAUCUUAUGAUGAAGUCACGACGUCAUGCCCAGCAACUCCUCACUUGAGCGCACCCUAUUUCUUUCACUUUCGCCAUGAGCACAGAAAAAAAGCAAGAGGUCUACCACGAAGGUUCCAAGGUGUACGAUGCGGCUGGGGCAGCAAUGAUGACCUUCACCCCUAUCAACCACAUUCACCAGCAUCUUAGUGCAUUCCACGUAUACGCACAAGACCGCACGCGUCCUGUAGAGGCUCACCAUUUUUGUGGCCGCCGCUCGAAGGAUUUUCAUCAGUGCGUAGUCUACGACUCCGACGCGCCUGAUGCUAGGUUGAUCGGAAUCGAGUACAUCGUGUCUGAACAGAUUUUUAACUCGCUCCCGGAAGAAGAGCAGAAGUAUUGGCACUCUCACAAGUAUGAGGUGGAAAGCGGGGUUCUUUGCCUUGAGACGAAAGGCAUUGUUCCCAGUGUCAUGAACGAUACUGCCGAGCAACCAGCUAUGCUGGAAUUGCAUCAGACUUAUGGCAAGGCGAUCCAUACGUGGGCUUUCGACGAGUUUCCCGAAUUGCCACUUGGACCCCCUCAACUUAUGAUGUCUUACACUGGUGAUAACCAGGCCAACGACGAGUUAAUCCGUCGCCGGGAUGAGCGCUCCAAGGUCUCGUCAUCGGCGAAGAGGAAGCUGCGUGAAGGUUAUUUACCGCCGUAUGAGAAGCAUAACAAAGCGGAUCAAUGGGAAAAGAGUGAUACAGGUGUAACGUUUAAGGGAGAAGAAGUCCAAAUUCAGAAGUAAGCGACCGUCAUCGGCGUACGACUUAUAUUAGUAGGCAUGUAAAUCUGACAAUGUGUUGAAGUCAAAGUGAAUUAAUGGAGAGCGCUUGUGACGA